AUGGAAGUGACAAAUGAAAUAAUACGUAAGAGGGUAGUUGCUGAUAUAUUCAGAUGUAGUGAAGAUGACAGUAUUUUCAAUGAAGAAGAUGACACAGUUGAUGAAGAUACUGUCAGGAAUGAAAACUCCAUGAAUGCAGAUAUCGAGGAAGUGAGCUCUAUGGACGACGGUCUUCAUAUUUUUUAUCAAGGAGAUGAUGAAGAUGUUAAAGGUAUCGACAUGAGUGAAACUACCAUGAAUGAAGAUGAGGGUCCACGACCAGGUAUGUGGUUUCCAAGUGUGGACAACAUGUUUAUGCGUGGUCAUAGGAAACUAACUCUUAACAUGAAGAGAGUUUUAGAGGCUAAUGACAUAUGUGGCAUAAGGCCUUCCAAGAGCAUUAGAAUGCUCGAAGUGGAAGUGGGUGGGCUAGAGAAUCUGAGUUGCUUAGCAAAAGAUUGUAGGAAUUUCAUUGAAAAUAAGAGGAGGCUGCAGUUAGGUGAUGGUGAUGCAGGGGCAACUAGCAAAAUGCCUUUUGCUACAAUCGUGGGAGUAAAUCACCAUGGUCAGUCAAUUCUUCUUGGAUGUGCAUUGAUAUCACAUGAGGAUGCAGACACUUUUAAAUGGUUGUUCAAUACAUGGAUUGAAGCAAAGGGGGGGGGGGGUGUUCAUCCUGAUGCCAUCAUAACAGAUCAAUGUGAAGUGCCUGAGAAGUUUAGGAGUGCAAAUGAUUAUGAAAGCAUAUCCCAUGAGUUUAAAGCAGUGAUUUAUGACAGCUUAAGUAUUGAGAUGUUUAAGAGUAAUUGGAAUAAUUUUCUAACGAAGCAAGGCAUGGAAAGAAAUGAAUGGCUAAUAAAGCUUUAUUCUGAGAGAGAGAAUUGGGUUCUCGUUUACUUGAAUCAUAGAUUUUGGGCUAGAAUGGUAUCAACACAAAGAAGUGAGGGAAUGCACGCUUAUUUUGAUGGUUAUGUCAACUCAAGGAGCACGUUAAAGCAAUUUGUUGAGCAAUAUGAGAUAGCAAUUCGGGACAAGACAGUUAAGGAGUUCCAUGCUGACCACCUAUCAAAAUACAAUGUCAUAAAAUGCCAAACUAAUUUCAAAUGGGAGAGGCAGUACCAAGUAGCAUUCACAAAUUCUAUGUUCAAACAAGUUCAAGCUGAGAUAAAGCGCAUGUUGUACUGUUUCAUUAUUCAUCCUAAACCUGUGGAAGCUGAGCAAUAUGAUAUUCAUCCAGGUGUUGAGAAAGUCAAAGUCAUGGAGAGGUCAAUAUUAAAUGAUUGGUAUGUGAAAGAAUUUGUUUAUGAGUUUAUCAAUGAACGAUACUUGAUUAAAAGGUGGAGAAAGGAUGUUGUUCGCCCAUAUAGUAAGAUUUUUUUUGAUGGACCAUAUCCACAAAUGCCAGAUGAUUAUAAGAAAUACAAAGAGCUAGAGAGGUCGUUUGGUGAAGUAUCUGAUUUGGGUUUGUCUAACAAUGAGAUGAUGGAGAUUAUAAAGCAACGAUUAAAUGAGUUAAAUCAGGGGGAUUUGACCAUUAGAGAUCCAAAGAUUAUUACUAGCCGUGGAAGGCCACGGGAAAAUAGGUACAAGUCAAGUGGAGAAAAGAAAAAGAAAAGUACUCCUAGUGGAAGCAGAGGCAAUGGAGGCCACGGAAGAGAAAGGGGUAGAGGACGAGGAUCAAACAAUAGCAAGGAUAGCAAUCUUGAUCAGAAUCAACAAAUUGAGCUAGCAGGCCGUGAUCAACCUCCAAGUGUUGGCAUGUAUUAUGCCAGUAUUGACAUUCUAUUCGAUGCAUACCUUUCUUAUGCUAGGGAGAAAGGUUUUAGUGUGGCUAAGAAGCCUGCUUCAAAAGGCAAUGGCAAUGUGCAUAAAUAUCAAACAAUUAGUUGUGAUAGAGGAAGAAAAUCUUAUGCAAAAUCAAUAUCAAAGAGAAUAAAUUGCCCUGCAUGCCUAAGCGCAAUUUUAAAAAGUAAUGGUUUUUGGCAAGUGACAAAAUUACAAACCCAACAUAAUCAUGAGUUGGACCCUAAUAUGUCCAGGUUCAUGAGAGCGCAUAGCAGUAUACCUUCAGCUAUAAAAAGAAGGCUUGAAGCACAUGACAUUGCUGGAAUAAGGCCAAGCAAAAGUGUUAGACUCCUAGAAGUGCAAGCUGGUGGUUCUGAGAAGUUAAGUUGCCUCCCAAGGGAUUAUCGCAAUUUUAUUAACAUAUCAAGAAGGAGGAAGCUUGGCAAUGGAGAUGCUGGUUGCAUAAACAGGAUGUUUUUAAGAAUGCAACAACAAAAUACAAAUUUUUUUCACUUGAUUGAUAUAGAUGAGGACCAGAGGCUUACUAAUGUGUUUUGGGUGCAUUCUCGAAGUAUUGCGGCUUAUGAAGAGUUUUGUGAUGUUAUAAGUGUUGAUACAACAUGCCUAAUUAAUCGUUACAGAAUGCCAUUUGCAAGCAUUAUUGGAGUUAAUCAUCACGACCAAUCAAUUCUAUUGGGUAGUGCACUUAUUUCUCAUAAGGAUGCUAAGACUUUUAGAUGGGUUUUCAGUACAUGGCUUGCAGCAAUGUGUGGUGGUGCUCCAAAUGCAAUCUUGACAGAUCAAUGUGAGAGCAUGAAAAGCACAAUAAGGGAAGUUAUGCCUAAUACAACCCACAGGUUUUGUAUAUGGCACAUUCUUUGUAAGGUUCCUGAGAAGCUGAGACGUGUUCAAGAGUAUGACAAGGCAAGUAAGGAGUUUAUUGCACUCAUAUAUGACAGCCUAAGUCCUACAAUGUUCGAGAGAAAUUGCCAUGAAUUUGUUGUGAAGUACAAUUUGGAAGGUGAAGACGUUAAUGAAGGUGAUGAAGAAUUAAUCGAGCUAGGGUUUGAACAACAUAAAAUUUUGGAAAGAAGUUUGAUGAAUGACUGGUAUGUGAAGCAACAUGUUUAUACUGUUCUUUACAAUAAAGAAGGCUCUGUGUUCAAAUGCAAUUGCAGAAAAUUUGAAUCAAAUGGCAUAUUAUGCGCUCAUAUAUUGAAGUUAGAAUUUCAAAAUUGGGAUGGUCGAUCCAAUAAUGCUAAUGACAAUGUAAAUGGUGAUGCUCUGGAUGAUGGUGAUGGAGAUUUACAAACUCAAACAAUGAUUGUCCGAAAUCGAAUUGUUGCAUCUAGUCGAGGACGUCCAUGGGGUAGUCGUUCUAGGUCUGCAUUUGAAAGAAGGCCUAAUAGGGGUUCUCGUGGUCGUAGUUGA